CAAAGAUCGAAUCGACAUUUUCAAGAGGUGCAACUCUCGAGGGCAAGUAAGUUCCACAUUGUACAGCAUGGCAUUCCUCCCUCGCCCCAAGUUCCCUUUCUCUUCAACAACCCCCUCCUGGUUCGCAGGCCACAUGGCCCGCUCCUUGCGCGAGCUGCCACAGCUCUUGGACGACAUUCAUCUCGUCAUAGAGGCAAGAGACGCCAGACUGCCAUUGACGAGCAUCAAUACCGCCUUUGAUGGAGUGCUGUCAAAGUGGAUCAGUAGAGGAAAGUCAAAAGGGGUGGAGAGGGAGAGGCUUGUGGUGUACACCAAGAGAGAUCUGGCCGAGAAGCGGUUUGAAAGUCCUUUGACGAAAGCCUUCCAAGAACAUUCAAAGCAGAAAAUCAUGUUUGCCGAUACACGGUCAAAUCCAGAUGUCAAACAAGUCUUGUAUCAUGCCGUCGACUCUGCCCGUGCCAACGCCGAGUAUAUCCCCAUCUAUAACAUUCUCGUCCUUGGAAUGCCCAACGUCGGGAAAUCUUCCCUCCUCAACGCCCUUCGGCGAGUGGGCGUGAAGAAAGGAAAGGCGUUCAGAACAGGCGCCAUGGCGGGCGUGACAAGGAAAUUGACCGGGACGGUGAAAAUCUUUGAGGCGCCUGAUGUGUAUGUGUUUGACACGCCGGGAGUGAUGAUGCCCUAUCUUGGAAAAGGGGAGGAAGGGCAGGAGAAAGGUCUCAAGCUUGGUUUGACUGCCGGUAUCAAAGAAGACCUCUUUGAACUAGAUGGUAUGACCGACUAUCUCCUCUGGAAAAUGAACCGCCGCCUCGUAUCGCAGCCUCAACUACCCUCCUACCUCACUCAGCUGCCCCUUUCCCCUUCAACCCAGCCCACAGACGACUUGCGUAGCUUGCUCGCUGUGCUCUCAGACAGACUAGCGAUGAAGUCGAAAGGAGGCGAGCCUGAUUUCGAGAGCGUGAUGACUUGGAUCAUCAAAAGCUGGAGGGAGGGGAGGUUUGGAGAGUGGACAUUGGACGAGCUGUUGCCUUACGAUGCUGCCCCUUACCUGCUGGAAGGAAAGCAACCUCAGCCCUCGGUCGAGCUUCUCGAGUCACAGCGAUCACCAGAAAUCUCCCUAGACGCUCAAGUCUCUCAAACCGUCUCUUCUUACCUUGCCUCCGUCGCCCCUCGAUCUUCUGCCGACCCCAUGGCCGCCGUUUCAUCCUCGCAACAACGCAAGAUGGACAAGUCCCGGCGACUGCACGAGAAGGACGCCAAGCUGCGGGCCAAGGGUAUCAAUGUGAAGAAGAGGGAAGAGUGGCUACCUGGCGGUCUGGUUGGGGGCAAAAAGAGGGGUGUGGGAGUGAAGAGUAUGAUGGGGACUGCAGGAAGGGCGUUUAGAAGGAGAGGGUAGACCUUUUCUGAGUGAAUGGGUCAUCGGCUCUGGGCCGGUUUACCGAUUGCGUGGCAUAGGGACUUCCGGGCUCCGUGAAUGUCAUUUUGGGCUCUCAAGGCAUGUGCUCUGAGCUUCGUCAAUUGCCAUGACCAUGAUGACCAUGUAGAGUCAACAGGGAAAAUUGGGGCAUUCCCACAACAGGUGUCGUCACGACGGUGGAAUACAUACUACUCCAGAUGGAUGCACAUAGUACGGCCGAAUGACUCGUGGACC